AUGAAACAUGUUCAUCAUAAUGUAACUUGUUUACUUGAUUUACCAGAUGAAAUUGUUCUUCUAAUAUGUCGUUAUUUGACACCAGUUUGUGUUCUUUAUUCAUUUUAUACUCCUGAAAGAGCUGAAUUUCGUCUUCAUCGUAUUAUUUCUAAUUAUUAUACAAAAAUAAAAAUUGAUAGAAUAACAAAUAAUGGAUUUAUGUAUUUAGCAAAUUUAUUUAGUUAUUCAAAAAUUCCUCUUCGACCUCAAUCAUUGAUAUUAAUUAUCAUUGAUGUACCAGAUGGACUUGUAUUACAUAAAACAUUAAUACCUAAUCAAUAUCUUAAGAAUAUUGAUUUAGUUUUGGAAACUAUCGAUGAUUUAUAUGUAUUACUUAGUGGACUUGUACCGAAUAUAGAAAAAAUUACUAUUCAAUUACAUCGAUCACGAAUACUCUCUCGUCUUCGCCCUCGAAGUUUGUCAUCAUAUCCUCGAUUAACUAAAUUUACAUUACUGGAAGCUGGUAUUGGAUUUAUUAGUGAUGAUAUUAAAUCUAUUCUUGGUUAUAUGAGAAAUUUAUUGAAAUUAACAUUAAGUAUUCGUGAUACACCUGAUCCAACGUUUUGUCAUGGUCCCAAAUUUGAAUCAAUAUUAAUUGAAUAUUUACCAAAUCUUUGUCAAUUUGAUUAUACAAUGACACAUAGAAUUGGAAAUGAAACAUUAUUUGAAGAUUUUAUUGUAUGGCCAAUGAAUUACGUUGUUUAUGAAGAUGAAAAGUGUGAAUGGGUACAUGUCUAUUCAUUACCAUGGCCAUCAAAUAAAUAUGAUAAACGAGAAUUACCUAUUGUAAAAAAUCAAUGUAAUACAUCAGUUACAUCAGAUGUUAAGCAAGAUGAAUAUAUAAAAGAUGUUAUGAUUACAGAACCGAAUGAAUUAUUUGAAUUGAAGACACGUUUUCGUCGUGCUUAUCAAAUAAGAACAUGUUUAUCAAUUGAUACAAGAUUGACAUCACGAAUUUCUAAGGUAAUUCUUACAAAACAAACUCCUUCAAUGAAUUCCAUGAUCCAACCUUUUGUUCGUCAUUUAAUAGUUGAAUGUCGUUUAAAUGAUGAAAGAGAAAUUCAUCUUCUUGCUCGUCAAUUUCCGCAUGUUGAAUAUUUAAAAUUACUAUUUCCAUUUGAAAAAUCUACAUUUAUUCGUUGUUUUCAAACAUUAUUUAGUGUCGAUGAGAGUAUUAAUACGAAUCGUCGUAUUUGGCAUAAAUUAAUAAACUUUUCAAUUGAAUUCUCUAAUAACGAAUUAAAUCUAAUGUUAGAUGAUAAUGAUUUUCAUCGUUGGCUUACUAGAAAUACUGAUUUCAAAUUUGUUACAUCGAGUUUUUAUCUUAAUUAUUUCAAUGCAAUCCUUUCUAUUUGGUUUUGA